CAAUAGUUAAUGAUCAAGGGAUAACAUUGAACCAACCUUGCGCCGAUCCUCCACUAACGUUUCACCUAAAUGGGGCCGAUCCUAUCAGUCAAUGAUAACCGGAGAUUCCCCAACGUCCAACAUUCCUACGGAGUCACCUUCUUUCCCCCACCACCCUUCAUAUUUGUACAACACAACUAAAAUCGAUGGUUACCAACGGAGUGCUCCGUGCUCCGUACUCCGUACACCGCAGCCAGCACCAAGGGCACCACCGACCCCCAACACAUCCCACACCACACCACAUCGCAGCCGUAGUAGGCCGUAGUACGUACGUACUCCGCCCCUUCCUUCUCCCACUACGAAAGCAAAGGACCAAAUGACCAUCUAAACCCUGGAUGAACCCACCUCACAAACCCUCCUUACUACAGAGUACAUACAUUCA